AUGGAUUUCAAUACAUUUACGCAUACAGGAAACUUUGUUGAUCUACUUCAUAGUCAACAAAGUAUUUCUUUUCCUAACUAUGAAGAUAUCUCGACUCAGUCUUCAUCUCAACUUCCUUUUGUUGGUUGUGCCAAUGUUGGUGAGAAGCGGGAACGAAAGACGUGGACUCCUACUGAUGAUAUUCUGCUGAUCAGCUCGUGGCUCAACACGAGCAAGGAUCCAAUUGUUUCCAACGAGCAAAAAUCAAACAACUUCUGGAAGAGAGUUACAACCUAUUUUGCAGCAAGUCCGAAGGCAGCUGGGUCCAAGGAGAGAACGGAUAAUAAUUGUAAGCAGCGACGGUUCGGGGGUGUUACAAGCAGUGGUUGCAAUGAGAAUGAUGUCCUCAAAAGAGCUCAUGAGAUUUUCUUCAAUAACCAUAAGAAGAAAUUCACUUUGGAGCAUGCUUGGAAGGAAUUGCGAAACGACCAGAAGUGGUGUGAAGUGUCAAGUGCUAAAAAGGCAGGAACCUCUAGGAAAAGGAAGUGUGAAGACGGUGCAGACUCAUCGGCCUCUCAACCAUCUGAAAACAAGCGUCCCGCGGGUGUUAAAGCAUCAAAGGCCGCUGGGAAGAAGACUAUGAGUGAAGAGAAUUCAGUUAAUCGGUUUCAAAGUAUGAAUCGGUUUCAAAGUAUGCGGGACAUUAAACAGAAGGAGUUGGAAGUGAAGGAAAGGUUGUCAAAGAUGAGUAUACUUGACUCUCUUAUUGCAAAGAAAGAACCUGUAGCUGACUAUGAAGAAGCCCUCAAGAAGAAGUUCAUCAGUGAAGACAAGGUGAAGACAGUGUCACGGAGUGGAGCAAUCAGAAUCACUGCCUUUGUAGUAUCUGGAGUCUUGUGUCACGUUGUCUCUGUUUCAAGACAGUAUCACGGAGUGGAGUAA